AUGAGCGAGAUACAACAGCAACUCCCGGUACCAACACCACUUGAGGCUAAUCCGGUACAUCCUAAUGCUAAAACUACCACACAUGUGAAUAAUGGCACCACGACUACGAAAACAAACAUAACGAGUCCUGUGUGUCGGAACUGUAAAACACAAACCACACCGCUUUGGAGAAGAGACGAAACAGGUCAAGUAUUGUGCAAUGCGUGUGGGUUGUUUUUGAAGUUGCACGGACGUCCUAGACCGAUCUCAUUAAAAACGGAUACUAUCAAGUCCAGAAAUAGAAUCAAGCAGGCUAAUCCAUCUAAAACAUCGAGUCCUAACACCCCAGAAUUAAAAUCCAAAGAUUCGAGAAGCGUACCUGUAAGUAGUGGAAAGAAAUCACCAAAGUUGAAGAAAAAGUCAACUAAUGGUGAAAUCAAGACCGACACAGCUAAUUCCACGCCCUUAUUACCUCCAACUUCAUCAACUAUGAGGUUGCAGAAUUCUAGUCUGAUUUUUCCACCUCCAAUUAACUCGUUGCAUCAUUUGCCUAGCCACCUAACACAUCAAACACAACCACUACACUAUCCUUCUUCGACACCAACGCACUUUGCGCCAGGUUUACAGAGAAUCACUUCUCCUCUAUUGUUAUCAACUACGUCGUCGCUUUCAAAUGCCAGGUCUUCUUCCAACUCGUCCUCCAAUUUGAACACAAUGGCUCCCGUGAAUAGAGAAAAUAACAAGGUUAAUCUUAGUGUUGCACAGGCUGCAGGUGCAUUAGAAAACAUGUCGAAUGAAUUAGGCCCGAGUGCAACUUUCAAGUAUUCAUCGUCUAGCAAAUCUCAAGGUACAUCGUUAAUGAACAGUGAGGCUUCUUCGACAGAUGACAGCAUUAAGAAGGAAUCUAAAAAUUAUUCUACACCAUCAUCGGCUUUAAAUGUUACGUCAAGCACAAUGCCACCUAAAUUACCUGCAUUGGGCUCAAACUCUAAUGGUUCAAGCAAAAAUAUUUCGUCUCCUUCUUUUGGACCACAAUUCCAUUUGCAACAAUCUCAAUCACAACCUCAAUCGCUGUCUCAAUCACAAUCACAAUCUCCUUCCCAAUCACAAUUGUCUCAGCAACCUACCCCUUCAUCUUCAACCUCACAGCAACAAUCGCCAGUGAUAGCGGCAACUUCUUUACCUCCAAUACAGCAACUCUCGUCCCAUAUCAAUAAGACCUCGUUGCCUAACUUCCAAAAUAGUUUUAGUGGUUUCAAUAAUCAACAUACCCCUGAUCAGAACCAAAACUAUCAACCACCUCCUGGAGGAAACUCCAGUAAUCACAACAGCGGUAAUAAUAAUAACAACAACAAUAACAAUAACAACAAUAAUGGUAAUAAUAAUGGUAAUAAUGCUGAGAACUCAAAUUCAAAUUCAAGUGAAAUAACUCUUUUGAAGACAAGAAUUUCUGAGUUAGAGUUAGUAAAUGAUUUGUACAGAACUAGAAUAAUGGAAUUGGAAGCAAUGGAACAAGCUGCAAGAUUGAGAGAAGUUUCGAUGAGAAAAAGGUUGGAUGAUUAUUAUAAUUUAAAGGAUUAUUCAAUCCCUCCUUUUAAAAGAGAAAGUGAAGAAGAACAAUCCAACAGUAAUAAAAAGACAAAAGUUGAUAAUUAA